CCACCAGCGGCUCAGUAAGUGCCAGGUUGUGGAGCCCUCCUCAAUCCAUGCGAUCAACAAGCGCAACAAAAUAAUCGUACGAUAAUCGGUAAACUGCCUCCAUGCCAGUACCAAUUGUGUACCGUUCGUGGGGAAAGUAGUUCUGAGUAGGCUAUGACAAAAUUAGCAGCGUAUAUACGUGUUCAAUGUCAAUGACGGCUCCUACUACUCCUUCGUCUUGUGCGCACGUAAACCUUGGCAGUGAGCAAGGAUCGUUGCUGCUACGAGUCAUCGAUCUCGCAUGAGGUUACAAUUCCCUUUCAUUGCAUUGCGCGCACUGCAGGGUCUUAUCGGCCAGGACCUUGAGUCUUCGCGUACGGGGCAGCACAAUUCGAGUGGCGUCCGGUGUCGUCGCGUGGCAGGACAAAAGGCAUAAAACUAGGGCCCGCCAUCGGUUCGCGGUUUAGUGUGGCGUUCGCAGUGGAUCAAUCACGAUCGCAGACGAGUGGCCAUCCCAUUACACGGGGGCAGUGCAGUGCAAUAGCAGAGCGUUGCGUUUUUGUUGUGUGCAGGUGCAAGUGCCCACAAAUUGUACAACAAUUCAACAUCCAACGAGGCGUCGUGAAAAAAGGGGGUAGAAAUGACGACACAGUCGGGAUGUUACGAAUCCGUGACGGAUUUCUACGCCAACAAGGAUGUUUUUCUUACCGGUGGAACGGGAUUCCUGGGGAAGGUGUUGAUCGAGAAGCUGCUCCGCUCUUGCCCAGACAUUGGGCGCAUCUUUGUGCUGAUGCGCAAUAAGCGCGGCAAAUCGAUCGAAACGCGCGUUACCGAACUCGCCGCCUGCCCUCUGUUCGACCGAUUGAAGGAGGAAAACAAAUCUGCCCUGAACAAGGUGGUCCCUGUUUUCGGUGAUAUAACGCAGCUACGCCUAGGAAUGUACGAAGAGGACAUCCAGAGGCUGAGCAACGUUUCGGUGGCAUUCCAUUUGGCCGCCAGCGUCCGCUUUGAUGAUCCACUAAGGGAUGCAAUCAAGACAAACAUUUGCUCGACGCAGGAACUGUUCGAGAUGCUUAAAGCUACGGCCCCUCAGUUGCGCGCUGUGGUACACGUUUCUACCGCGUACAGCAAUCCCGAGAAUCGCUAUGUUGAAGAAAAGCUUUACCCGCCAAAGUUUGAUUGGAAGAAACUCGUUCAAGCCGUUGACCGAUACGAACCGGAAACGCUCGAUGCACUGAUGCAAAAACUUUCCCAAAAUUCUCCAAACACGUACACAUACACCAAAGGGUUGGCGGAACAGGUGUGCAAUGAUUACAGUACCGAGUUGCCUCUCGCCAUCGUACGCCCGUCGGUAGUGCUAUUUACUAUUGCCGAGCCGAUGAGUGGCUGGGUGGACAAUUUUAACGGGCCGACGGGAAUGCUGGUCAGUGCUGGACUGGGCAUCACUAGAACAGCCUAUCUGCGACCGAAAAAUCGCAUCAACAUCAUUCCGGUGGACGUGGUGGUUAAGACCAUCAUACUGGCGGCCUGGAAGCGCGGAACUAUUGAACGGGCCUGUGGCCCCAAACACCUUCCCAUCUACAACAGUGCCGUCACAUACGAACAAUCGCUGGAGUAUCAGGAAAUGCUGGAUCGCGGAAAGGAGUAUCUGUAUGCCGUUCCUUUCAGCCGCAUGCUCUGGGUGCCUCGUGGAUAUCCAACGGAUUGGAAAACGUUGUACUACUUUAAGCUUAUUUUCACCAUGCUUUUACCAUCCUUUCUGCUGGAUCUACUCAUCAGAAUGUUUGGCCACAAACCAUUCUUAAUGAAGUUACAAUCGAGAAUUUACGGUUCGGAAGUAUCGCUUCGCUACUUUGUCCGUAAUGAGUGGGAAUUCGAAACGAAGCAGACAGAUAAUUUACCAUCCUUGCUAGACGAGAAAGAUCGAAACACCUUCGGAUGGUACAUGCCAAGAAAAUUAACCGGGAAAUAUCUCGAGAACGCGUACCCAACCAUCAGACGCUACCUGAUGAAGGAUCCGGACGAGACAAUUCCUUACGCCAAACGAAAGCUAGCACGUAUGAUACUCGCCGAUCGUAUCAUUAGCAUUAUCGUUUGCUGCUUAACGCUGGUAGCCAUUUAUAGGCGAAUGUUUGCUGAAAGUUUGUAGUGGUGCAAUAAACAUAACGAGAUGUUCCCGUUCUCGUUGCAUAUAACCGUA